UGCUGAAUUAUUACGUAGACAUUCAAGAUGGCGUCGCAGUACUACCAAGACAUGCAGGAGAGCUUCAAAAAUAACAGCAAGAGCCGAGAGUUCCCGGCUCACACCGCUAAAGUCCACUCGGUGGCCUGGAGCUGCGACGGCAGGAGACUCGCCUCCGGAUCUUUUGACAAAACCGCCAGCGUUUUCAUCCUGGAGAAAGACCGGCUGGUGAAAGAAAACAACUACAGAGGUCAUGGAGACAGCGUGGAUCAGCUCUGCUGGCACCCAACCAACCCAGACCUGUUUGUCACAGCAUCUGGAGACAAGACCAUUCGCAUAUGGGACGUCCGCACCACCAAGUGCAUCGCCACCGUCAAUACAAAAGGAGAAAACAUCAACAUCUGCUGGAGUCCUGAUGGUCAGACCAUCGCUGUCGGCAACAAAGACGACGUUGUGACCUUCAUCGACGCCAAGACUCAUCGCUCCAAGGCCGAGGAACAGUUCAAGUUCGAGGUGAAUGAGAUCUCCUGGAACAACGACAACGACAUGUUCUUCCUCACAAACGGCAACGGCUGCAUCAACAUUCUGAGUUAUCCAGAGCUGAAGCCCAUUCAGUCCAUCAACGCUCACCCGUCCAACUGCAUCUGCAUCAAGUUCGACCCCACGGGAAAAUACUUUGCCACAGGAAGUGCCGACGCCCUCGUCAGCCUGUGGGACGUGGAGGAGCUGGUGUGUGUUCGCUGCUUCUCCAGGUUAGACUGGCCGGUGAGGACUCUGAGUUUCAGCCACGAUGGGAAGAUGUUGGCCUCAGCCUCAGAGGAUCAUUUCAUCGACAUCGCUGAGGUGGAGACAGGAGAGAAGCUGUGGGAGGUGCAGUGUGACUCUCCAACCUUCACUGUCGCCUGGCACCCGAAGAGGCCGCUGCUCGCCUUCGCCUGCGACGACAAGGAGGGCAAGUACGACAACAACCGGGAGGCGGGCACCGUCAAACUGUUCGGCCUCCCCAACGACUCCUGAGAAACAGCUGCUGACUCCAGCUCAGUGUCGUCUGUCAGGAUUUGAGGAAGGUAAAGGAAACAUCCCGAGGAGGCAGGAAGAGAGAGUUUCCAGCUGCUGCUCCUGAAGCUGCAGUAACGUUAAGUCACCAGCAGGUGGUGCUGCUUACCUUCCUCUAACAGCUGGCUUCAUUCCCUGUUUUAACAGAUAAAAACACAACUCCCUCUGCUGUAAUAUAUUGUUUUUAUGUAAGAUAGGCGUCGUUUUUGAUAUUAAAGUUGGUCUCUUUGUAAUUCUCA